AUGAAAGCAGCAGCAGCAGCAGCAGCAGCAGCAGCAGCGGUGGACCCCGGCAGCACAGUCGCAGUGGAGCGAGGAGCGAAGCCUUCCACAAGUCCAGGAGCGACCGCAUUAUCACCCAGCAUGUUCACGCUGUACAUUAUUUUCUGCCUUAUGGCCACAGGAGCCUCCAAAGCGGCCUACUUCUCGCAGCAGCCCAAGGACCAGACGGUGGUGGCGGGGCAGUCGGUGACCCUCCCCUGUGUGAUCGUGGGCUAUAGGGGGAUGGUGCAGUGGACCAAAGACGGCCUGGCCCUGGGCGGAGAGCGAGACUUACCAGGCUGGAUGCGCUACUCCUUAAUGGGCGACCCUCUAUCAGGAGAGCACAGCUUACUGAUCGAUUCGGCUGAGUUGGUGGAUGACGCGGUGUACGAGUGUCAGGCUACGCAGGCAGGACUGCGCUCCCAUCGCGCCAAGCUCACUGUACUGGUUGCUCCGUCCGACCCGGUGGUGGAGGGGGGUCCCGUGGUGCGUCUGAAGGCCCACACGCCGCACAACCUCACCUGCAAAGCCUCUGGAGCCAAGCCGGCCGCCGAAAUCACCUGGUACCGCGACGGAGAGGUCAUGGAGGCCGCUAUCUACGCCAAGACGCUGAUGGAGGAUGGGAAGAGGGAGACGGCGGUCAGCAUGUUGCCCAUCGUCCCGGAGGACAGCGACUCCGGACGCACCUACACCUGCCGCGUGCUGAACCCUGCAGCGCCCGCGGGACGCCAGACCUCCAUCACCAUCAACGUGCAGCACCCUCCCGCAGUGACACUAUCAGUGCAGCCACAGACGGUGACGGAGGGCGCCAAGGUCCUCUUUAUCUGCGCUGCCUCGGCCAACCCGGAGAUCACCGGAUACAGGUGGUCCAAAGGAGGAGUCCCCAUCACAGAAGCGAACGGGGACAGCUUGGAAGUGACGGUGGAUUACUCCUACUUCACCGACCCGGUCUCCUGCGAAGUGUCCAACUCUGUGGGCAGCACCAACGUCAGCACCCUGGUGGACGUCCAGUUCGGCCCCAUUCUUCUCUCGGAGCCCAAACCCAUGACUGUGGACAUGGGGAUGGACGCCGCCUUCACUUGUGCCUGGACCGGGAACCCUCCGCUGACGCUGGCCUGGACCAAGCAAGGCUCCAAUGUGGUGCUCGGCAACAGUAACACGCUGCAGCUGAAGACCAUGACGCAGGACGACGCCGGCGUCUACACGUGCAAGGCGAUCGUACCGAGGAUCGGAGUGGCGGAGAGGGACGUGACCCUGACUGUGAAUGGCCCGCCCAUCAUCACAGCAGACGCCACGCAGCACGCCACCAAGCACUCCAAGGGCAAGCUGGAGUGCCGAGUGGGAAGCAGCCCUCCGCCAGACAAGAUUGUGUGGACGUUCGGAGACAUGACCCUCUCUUCUGGCUCGUCCGGUCGGUAUUCGGUGCACACGGUCACCAGCAGCGUCGGCGUGGUCUCUACGCUCGUCCUUUCCGAAACUCUUGCACAGGAUUUCCAAAUGCGCUACAACUGCACCGCCUGGAACCGUUUUGGCACCGGCACCGCUCUCGUCACGCUGAAGGAGCAAGAAGCUCUUCCGAUGCUGAUCAUCGUGGGAGGAGCAGUGGGCGGGGGCUGCGUGCUCCUCAUCUGCGUCAUCACGUUGGUGUCGCUGUGCUGCCGACACACAGGCAAAGGUGAGCUCAACGGCAAAAGAUGCACGCGCCUUUCCAAGAGCGACAUCCGGGUUCAGAUAGUCCACAGCGAUCACAACGCCACCCGAGGCAACGAUGACGAGGAGGACGUCAAAGAGCCCAUGGCUCCAAACAGCAGCGAGUCUCCGGGGACGUCCAGGACAGAACACAGCGAUCUGUUAGAGGAGGAGGACGACGAGCGAUCAGACAUUAAGGAUCCAACCAAUGGAUACUAUAAUGUGCGUGGGCAUGAUGAGCGCCACGUCCGCGGAUCUGGCUUCUCGGAGUUUGGUCCAAACUCGCGUCCGGUUUACACUCCAUCCCAGCUGCCCUCGCCGAGCCCAGUGUACGGCCAGCACGGCAGCCAGCCCCGGAUCUACGAGUUCGCCCACAGAUACGCCACCAACACCGUGAGCCGCUCCUCCUACGAGCAGCAGCCCACGGCGCAGCAGCCCGUGCAGCAGGCCGCUAUGUACCCCACAGACCCCGCCUACAGCGGCUCAGCCUACCUGCCCGCGCCCUACGGCCGCGCCUUCACCAGCUACGUCAAACCGGCCUCCUACGAGAAGGUGGAUGCUUACGACCAGUCAGACCAGGCCAGCAAAGUGUCCAGCUCCUCUCGCUUCUCGUACGCCUCCUCACAAGUGUCGUCCCAACAGUCGGACUACGGACGCCCCUCACAGCGAAUGCAAACGCACGUUUGA